UGCCGUGGAGACGCGGCCUGGCCGCUGCGGGAGGGAAGAAAGGUUUGAGAUCGUUUAACGUUUCCCUUCCCUCCUCGCCGCUGUCUGUGCGGUGGCUGCUGUCAACCAUGUUCAUCUACUUGAGCAAGAAGAUUGCUAUUCCUAAUAAUAAUCAGUUGAGAUGUGUUUCAUGGAAUAAAGACCAAGGAUUUAUUGCGUGCGGAGGGGAAGAUGGCCUUUUAAAAGUACUGAAACUUGAAACACAGACAGAUGAUACAAGAUUAAAGGGACUGGCUGCACCCAGUAACCUUUCCAUGAAUCAGACAUUAGAAGGACACAGCGGUGCGGUACAAGUGGUGACUUGGAAUGAACAGUACCAGAAGCUGACAACUAGUGACCAGAAUGGUCUAAUUAUUGUGUGGAUGUUGUAUAAAGGCUCUUGGUAUGAGGAAAUGAUUAAUAACAGAAACAAAUCUGUGGUUCGCAGUAUGAGCUGGAAUGCUGAUGGCCAGAAAAUCUGUAUUGUGUAUGAAGAUGGUGCUGUCAUUGUGGGUUCAGUGGAUGGUAAUCGUAUUUGGGGUAAGGAAUUGAAGGGCCUCCAAUUAACUCAAGUUGCAUGGUCACCAGACAGCAAGAUUCUUAUAUUUGGCAUGGCGAAUGGAGAAAUACACAUAUAUGACAGCCAAGGAAAUUUUAUUGUAAAGCUGGUGUUGCAGUGUCUCGCCAAUGUGACUGGUGCAGUCAGUAUUGUUGGUGUCCAUUGGUAUUCAGGAACUGAAGGUUAUGUUGAGCCAGACUGUCCCUGCUUAGCUAUCUGCUUAGACAAUGGUCGAUGUCAAAUAAUGCGUCAUGAGCAUGAUGACAAUGCUGUCUUGAUUGAUACUGGUAUAAAUGUGGUUGGCAUUCAGUGGAACCACUGUGGGAGUGUAUUAGCUGUUGCUGGUUCCCAAGUAUCAGCCGGCCAAGAUAAACAGAUCAAUGUUGUGCAGUUCUACACUCCAUUUGGUGAGCAUUUGCGUACGUUAAAAGUGUCUGGCAAGCAGAUGUAUGCAGUGUCAUGGGAAGGAGGAGGGCUGAGAAUUGCACUUGCUGUUGAUUCUUUUAUUUAUUUUGCCAACAUCAGACCAGAUUACAAGUGGGGUUAUUGCUCCAACACAGUAGUAUAUGCAUAUACCAGACCAGAUCGACUGGAAUACUGUGUAGUCUUUUGGGACACCAAGAACAAUGAAAAGUAUGUAAAAUACGUAAGGAGUCUGAUUUCAAUAACUACAUGCGGAGACUUUUGCAUUUUAGCAACCAAAGCAGAUGACAGUUCUCCUCAGGAUGACAGUGAGAUGGAGUCUGUAGUUGCUAUGUACGUUCUAGUAUUGUGUAAUUCCAUUGGAACACCCUUGGAUUCAAAAUAUAUUGACAUUGACCCACUGUUUAUAACCAUGACAAAAACACACGUAAUUGUGGCCUCUAAAGAAGCAUUUUACAUCUGGCAAUAUCGUGUAGCCAAGAAACUCACAGCAAUGGAAAUCAACCAGGUAGCACGAACAAGGAAGGAGGGGCGGGAGAGAAUUUAUCACGUUGAUGAUGAAUCAUCUGUUGCAGGAGAUGGUACUGUAGAUUUCAGCAAAGCUUUGCCCACAACAAAGGAUGCAAUCUGCUGCGUCACAGCUUCUGAUAAAAUAUUGAUUGUGGGUCGUGAAUCAGGGAAAAUUCAGAAAUAUAGUUUACCAAAUGUUAGUCUGUUACAAAAGUAUUUGUUCAACUACAGAAGUUAUCAAUUAUCGUUGAACUGUAAUUCCAGCCGCCUUGCCAUCAUUGAUAUUGCAGGUGUUCUGACAUUUUUUGACCUUGAGACAAGAACAGUGGACAGUACAGGGCAGCAAGUAGUCGGCGAACAGCUAAAAUUCGAGCGUAAAGAUGUGUGGGAUAUGAAAUGGGCAAAUGACAAUCCAGAUUUGUUUGCUAUGAUGGAGAAAACCAGAAUGUAUGUGUUUCGAAACUUGGAUCCUGAGGAACCAAUUCAAACAUCUGGGUAUAUAUGCAGUUUUGAAAAUUUGGAAAUCAAAUCAGUACUUUUGGAUGAAAUUUUGAAGGAGCCAAACCAGCCCAACAAGGACUACAUCAUUAAUUUUGAAAUUCGUUCGCUACGUGAUAGCCGAAGUCUUAUAGAAACUGUUGGGAUUGAAGAUGCCUGUGCAUUCAUUGAAGAAAACCCUCACCCAAGACUGUGGCGCUUACUUGCAGAAGCUGCUCUACAGAGACUUGACCUUAAAACCGCAGAACAGGCAUUUGUCCGUUGCAAGGAUUAUCAGGGGAUUGAGUUUGUAAAACGUCUCGGAAAUCUUCAGAGUGAAUCCAUGAAACAGGCGGAAGUUGCAGCUUACUUUGGAAGAUUUGAGGAAGCCGAGAGGAUGUAUCUAAACAUGGAUAGGAGAGAUUUGGCUAUUGAUCUAAGGAUCAAGUUGGGAGAUUGGUUUCGAGUUUUGCAGUUGUUAAAAACUGGUUCUGGCGAUGCUGAUGAUGCUCUACUUGAACAAGCCUAUAAUGCCAUUGGAGAUUAUUUUGCAGAUCGUCAAAAGUGGAUGAAUGCUGUUCAAUACUACGUUCAAGGCCGGAAUCAGGAGCGGCUGGCAGAGUGUUAUUACAUGCUUGAGGAUUAUGAAGGUUUGGAAAAACUGGCAAAUGCGCUACCAGAAAAUAACAAACUGCUUCCUGAAAUAGCCCAUAUGUUUGUUACUGUGGGUAUGUGUGAGCAAGCUGUAGCUGCAUUCCUCAAAUGUAACCAAGCUAAAUCUGCAGUUGAAACCUGUAUACAUCUGAAUCAGUGGAAUAAAGCUGUUGAAUUGGCUAAGAAUCACAAUAUGAAAGAAAUUGGAUCACUUCUGGCUAAGUAUGCAACUCAUUUGUUGGAGAAGAAUAAAACUUUGGAAGCAAUUGAACUUUACCGAAAGGCCCAUCAUUUCCUUGAUGCUGCAAAGCUCAUGUUUAAGAUUGCUGAAGAAGAGGCAAAAAAGAGAACCAAGCCAUUACGAGUUAAGAAGCUUUAUGUACUGGCAGCACUACUUGUGGAAGAUUAUCAUGAACAAAUAAAGAACACUCAGAGAGCAAAAUUGAAAGGCAGGAGAUCCGAGGCAACAACAGCUCUAGCUGGGUUACUUGAAGAAGAUGCUUCUUUGUCAGAUAAUCGCAUUAUUGAUAAUGCUUGGCGCGGGGCUGAGGCAUAUCACUUCUUUUUGCUAGCUCAGCGUCAGCUUUAUGAAGGCUAUGUAGAUGCUGCAAUGAAAACAGCACUUCAUUUGCGUGACUAUGAAGACAUAAUUCCACCAGUGGAAAUUUACUCUUUAUUGGCCCUUGCUGCUUGUGCAAAUCGGGCUUUUGGGACAUGUUCCAAAGCUUUUAUCAAGCUUGAAUCUCUAGACACGUUGACUUCGGAACAGACACAACAAUAUGAAGACCUGGCCCUUGAGAUCUUCAUCAAGCACAGCCCUAAAGAUGGCAAGAAAUCCGAUUUGGACAGUCUCCCAGAAGGAGGAGAAGGGAAACUUCCAACUUGUGUUGUGACAGGUCGGCCAAUUGCAGACUACCAGUUCUGGAUGUGUGGUGUCUGUAAACAUUGUGCUCAUGAACAGGAUAUAAGCAACCACAAUUUUUGUCCCUUAUGUCAUAAUCCUGUUGGAUAGAUCAGCAAAGGCUAAAUUAAAAUAAAGUUUAUAAAGCAGUAAUGGUUUAGAAAUGUCUGCUCAGAUUUAUUGUGACAUUCAAAUAAUUGUUUUGAACAACUGUCUGCAGUUUUGUCAUUUCCACCCCCCUCAAGUCUCAUUGAAUUAAUAUCAGAAGUGAGAUUUACAUUAUUUUCCAUUUCAGAAACCUAGGGACAUCAAACAGUCCCAGGUUAUGCAAGGUGCACUUAACCAAUGUGACAUUUCUAAUAUCAGCCAUCUUUGGGCCUUAAGUACAAGUCCUAAUUAGCAUCAAAUUUGUGUGUUUUUGAUAUGCAUCUGUGUCCUCAAGGAAUUGAUAUAAAUCUGUCCAACUCACUUUCACCAAGAAUAUUAUUAACUUGCAUUUGGAGAUUUUCAUUUUGUUAGUCUGGUUUGAAUUGAAGCUCAACUCACAUAAAAACCAAAUGUCAUUUAUCUUUGUUUUAUAUUGCAGAAGCAUCUCUAAACUGUCAGUCUGUUCCCCAUUCCAAUCGUACAGCUUUAAUAGCCUUUCCAUGUUGAUUCCUAUCUGUGCUUCCUGAAAUCCAAGUUCUGUGUAUGGUGUAUCACGUACAUGACAAGCUUAGUUGUCAUCACCAGACUGGUGGGCCACAAAGCUCCAUUGAAGAAUGACUGCCCCAAGAUAAUCCUGGAAAGCCUUCUUUAUUCAUCUUUAUUUAUUUUUUUUAUUAUCAAAUACAUUAUCAAAUCUCUAUCUUGCUUCUUUACCUUCAUUUAGAAUUCUUGCCUAUGUUAUCACCAAGAUUUACAUAAUUUAAGCUAUCUGUUGCUUCCCUCCUCUUAGUUAUCAACUAAUAUUGAUGACUGCCUUCUCUCAUCUACCAUCCUGCUCCCUUUCAAAAUCAGCAACAUCACCACUACUAAAAGUAAAACUGUAUCCAAGUUUACUGCUCCUUCAUUUUCAACCUUCUGUUCCUCUCUAACUGUUGAGCAAAUUAUCCAAAGUCAUCUUUUACACAGAUCCUGGAUCAAAUCUCUCUAAGCAGGUUUAGGCAUCAUUUAUAGCCCAUUGUAAUUGCUAUAACCAAACUAAAAUCAUAAAAAUGUGAAUACCUAUUGCUGAAAGAAUCAUAAAAGUUUACAGAAAGAGGUUAUUUGCCUUGUGGUGCUUUUGCUGACUCUUGGACAAAGCAGUUUUGAUUAGCCUCUAGUCGUGCUUUUUUGCCUGGAAUCAUGUAAGUUCUGCUCGCCUAUGUCCAAACUGUGCUUUAAAAAUUUAGAAAAUUAAUUUUUAAUUACAAUUUAAGAUGGAAUGUUCCAGAAUCUGCCAUUCAUAGAAAAAAAAUCUUCACCCACCUCUACAUUUUCUUCAAAAAUGAUUUUAAAGCAAUGUCCUUUGAUUAUUGACUGCUCACUGAAGGGAAUAGUUUUACUCCAGAUACUCUAAUUACCCCAUUCACCACCUUGAAACCUCCAGGUAACCUUUAUAACCUUCGCUGAUCCAAGUUAGCAGUCUGAUCUUUACCAGCAUGUCCUCAUAAUUGAAUUCACUUUUCUCUGGCAGCAUUCUGCUAAAUCUUUUCUGUACCCUUUUACAUAGUCAUUGCAACACAGGAGGUGUUCAGCUCAAUGACUUCAUGCCUCUCAGUAAAUCAAAUUAAUCCCAUUUCCCCACCUAUCCCCUUUCUCAGGGCUUCACAUCUUUUCUAAAGGGUAGGGCCCAGAAUUGUCCACAAUACUCUGGUUAUGGCCAAAAACAGAUUUAUAAAGUCAUAGCAUGUGUGCACGGCUUUUAUAUUUAUCCCUUUGUUCAUAAACCCAAGUAACCACAAGUUUUUAAACAGCUUAUCAACUCGCUGUGCUACUUUUAAGAAUUUACAUUUUUGGAAACCAAUGUGUGUCUCUUCAUUCGCACUUUUUGGAAUCCUAACAUUUAUUGUUACUAUCUUUCUGUAUUAGUCCAAAAUGAAUUACUUCAUAAUUUUCUAUCUUGAACUCCAACAGCUAUACUUCAAUCCAUUUCAGUAUUGUCUGGCUUAUCAUGAAACCCAUAAUUAUGUGUCACCAUCUCCUCCUUUGUCGAGUUUUGUAUCAUCUGAAAAUCUUGUAAUAUUGCUCCUUGCACUCAAGUUUAGGUCAUUUAGGAAAAUGCAAAGCAUAAUGAACCCAUCGUUCACUGCAAACAUCCAUCCACUUCCACCAUUAGUGAAUUUGUUUUCUAAAGAAUGGAGUGCAGUGACAUCACAAAUAUUUGUGUUUUUUUUUCUCCUGUCAAAAGUCAUUUAUCAGGAAAAACUUGAAAGCUUAAAGUAAACUUAUUUUUUAUUUAACGUAUCUUCUAUGAUCUGUACAAUUUAUGCUAUACAUAAUAGUGCUGUCCCAAUAUCUGAAGCAAGCCAUUUUUAUGAAAUAAUUUGUAUAUGGUAAUUUACUUUCCUGGUGUAUUUCAAUAAAAC